AUGCUAUGUAUGACUUCCUAUGCGAGCUUACAGCUGGCCAUGGUCAUUGAACGUUGCAUCGCGUUGUGGAAGUGCAGAAUAUACGAAACUUUUGACAUGAAGCUGGGCUUAUGUUUUGCAGUCUUCUCGGUCGGAGCCUCGUUUGCUGCUACGAUGUGGACUUUACAAAGCGAAAUCGGCUUGGAUCUCAAACCAUCAUGUUAUUCCACAACAAAAUCCACUGUAGAAAGAAUGUUUACGUUGAGCUUCGUUCUCUGUGCUAUGAAUGUAGCUACGCUAAUUGGUCUGGUUACAUUGUACGUCAGUAAUAGGGAAGGUAUCAAAAGAAUUACAAUGCUGAGUCACGCAAAACAAAGGAACAGAGCUGCAGAUGUCCACGCUUAUGCUAAGAUGUGGAAGCCCAGUGAGAGUAAACAAAUCAUUACCAAGCGCACUGCAAUUACUGAUUGA